AUGCGAGGGGGGGAGCCGCCGGCUCCGGCCCGGCCCCCCUGGGUGGCGCACACCCUGGCCGGCGUCCUCAUCGUCACCGUGGUGGUGGACCUCCUGGGCAACCUGCUGGUCAUCCUCUCCGUCUCCAGGAACAAGAAGCUGAGGAACGCGGGAAACAUCUUCGUCGUCAGCCUAGCCAUUGCUGACCUGGUUGUGGCAAUCUACCCAUUCCCUCUGGUCCUGACAUCAAUCUUUCAUAAUGGAUGGAAUCUGGGAUACAUCCACUGCCAAAUCAGCGGCUUUCUUAUAGGCCUAAGUGUUAUUGGAUCCAUAUUCAACAUAACCGGAAUUGCUCUCAACCGAUAUUGCUACAUCUGCCACAGCCUGAAGUAUGACAAAUUAUAUAGUGACAAGAACUCUUUGUGCUACGUCAUUCUUAUCUGGGUCUUGACCUUUGCUGCCAUCGUGCCCAAUCUCUUUGUGGGAUCUCUUCAGUAUGACGCAAGGAUCUACUCGUGUACCUUUUCCCAGUCAGUCAGCUCUGCAUACACAAUAGCAGUUGUAUUUUUCCAUUUCAUGUUCCCGAUAGCCAUAGUGACGUUUUGCUACUUGAGGAUAUGGAUCCUAGUCAUUCAGGUGCGGCGGAGGGUGAAACCUGACAACAACCCCAAACUAAAGCCACAUGACUUCAGGAACUUUGUCACCAUGUUUGUGGUCUUUGUGCUUUUUGCAGUCUGCUGGGCCCCUUUGAAUUUUAUAGGCCUUGCUGUGGCUGUCAACCCAGAAACAGUAAUUCCCAGGAUUCCAGAGUGGUUGUUCGUUUCAAGUUACUAUAUGGCAUACUUCAACAGCUGCCUUAAUGCUGUCAUUUAUGGACUUCUGAACCAGAAUUUCAGACGUGAAUACAAACGAAUUAUUCUGUCAAUUUGUACAGCGAAAGGUUUCUUCCAGGAGAGCUCGAAUGAUGCAGCAGAGAGGAACAAAAGCAAACCCUCACCACUGGUCACAAACAACAAUUUGGUGAACGUCGACUCUGUGUAA